UCAGGAACGUGAACGUGUAGUCGACUUUUCCAAGCCAUUUAUGACCACCGGCAUAUCGAUCAUGAUCAAAAAACCGGACAAGCAAGAAUUCUCAGUCUUUUCUUUCAUGCAACCCCUAAGCACAGAGAUCUGGAUGUAUAUUAUUUUUGCAUAUAUAGGGGUUUCCGUCGUGAUAUUCUUGGUCUCAAGAUUCUCCCCAUAUGAAUGGAGAGUGGAAGAAACUGCGAGGGGUGGAUUCACUAUUUCUAAUGAUUUUUCUGUUUAUAAUUGUCUAUGGUUCACAUUGGCUGCUUUUAUGCAGCAAGGAACUGAUAUCUUACCAAGGUCCAUAUCCGGUCGGAUAGCCUCUUCUGCUUGGUGGUUCUUCACUAUGAUCAUUGUCUCUUCGUACACUGCUAACUUGGCUGCAUUCUUGACCUUGGAAAAGAUGCAGGCUCCUAUCGAAAGUGUGGAAGACCUCGCAAAACAGACAAAAAUCAAAUAUGGAAUUCAAGGUGGUGGAUCCACUGCUUCAUUCUUCAAGUACUCAUCAGUACAAAUCUACCAACGAAUGUGGCGCUAUAUGGAAUCGCAAGUGCCAUCAGUGUUUGUGUCCAGUUAUGCCGAAGGCAUAGAACGAGUACGAAGCCACAAGGGUAGAUACGCGUUCCUACUGGAAGCAACUGCAAAUGAAUACGAGAAUACUCGUAAACCAUGUGACACGAUGAAAGUUGGAGCGAACCUUAACAGUAUUGGCUAUGGAGUGGCUACACCGUUCGGUUCAGACUGGAAGGACCACAUCAACCUUGCCAUUUUAGCUUUACAAGAAAGGGGAGAAUUGAAGAAACUUGAAAAUAAAUGGUGGUACGACCGAGGCCAGUGCGACCAAGGCAUUACAGUGGAUGGCUCUUCAGCCUCUCUCAAUUUGUCAAAAGUAGCUGGUAUAUUCUAUAUUCUAAUGGGAGGUAUGAUUGCUUCGAUGAUAGCAGCUCUCGGUGAAUUUCUAUAUAGAUCAAGGAUAGAGGCAAGAAAAGCAAAUCCAAAUUCACUCGUAGGAAACUUCGCGAAAAACUUGAAGUCUGCUUUGUCAUCACAAUUGAGAUUAUCUCUACAAGGAGGAGCAGUAGCCCAGCCAGGUUCGCAGUCCCAUGAAGCGCUAAGGAGACAGCAGGCUGCAUCUUUUCUACCUGCGUCAAAUAACGAGGAAAAAAGCGACAGAAACAUGGAUAGAAACGCUGGCCUGAGCCCAGCCUUUGCUUAUAAUACUGCAGUAUAGAUUGAAUAUAGCAUAAGC